GAUUUGAUUCGCUGUCGUAGCACGCGGCACCGAGACACUGAGGAGGCGGUCCGUCAUUUAAGACAGUUAGACAUCUGUUUAAUAUCUCCGACCUACUUCUUCCCGAAAAACUUGCAAUGAGUCCAAAGAAUCAAGCAGCCACCGAGAGGGAAUUUGGAGGAACCUUAGGGGCCGUUUGCAUUCCCAUCUUUCUGCCAUUAACGGUGCUUUUCUUGGUCUGCGUGAGUCGAUCUCCUGAGGCAGCUGUACUCCAGUGGCCCCCGCCUCUCCCUACCAUUGACCAGCUCUGGGACCCCCUGGCGGCUCUCCUCAUGCUGAGUUGGAUAUCUUUGCAUGCUGUCCUGUAUUUGUUGCCAUUUGGAAAGGUCUCUGAGGGAUUAGUGCUGCGGGAUGGAACACGCCUCAAGUACCCAAUAAACGGUUUCCACAGCCUGUGCAUCAGUGGUGUGCUUCUGAUUUUGCUUCUGAUGCUCAAGGCUCCUUUGGGGCGUCUGUACGAGCUGACGUUGCCUCUGGCUGCGUGUGCAAUAGGAGUCUCCUUCAUACUCUCCGUCUUCCUAUACUUUCGUUCCUUUUUGGCUCCUCCUCAUGCUCUGGCAUUAGGGGGCACCACAGGAAAUUCCCUCUAUGACUUCUUUAUCGGACGGGAGCUCAACCCACGUAUUGGUCAUUUUGACCUGAAGUUUUUCUGUGAGCUCAGACCAGGACUGAUUGGCUGGGUGGUCAUAAACCUCGGCAUGCUGAUGAAAGAAGUGGAACUUCAGGGUUCCCCCUCGCUUGCCAUGAUUCUUGUCAAUAGUUUUCAGCUGCUGUAUGUGGCUGACGCUCUGUGGAAUGAGGAAGCUGUUCUGACUACGAUGGACAUUGUGCAUGACGGUUUCGGCUUCAUGCUGGUCUUUGGUGACCUGGCCUGGGUUCCCUUCACAUACGGCUUGCAGGCGGCCUUUUUGGUCCUACAUCCUCAGGCUUUAAGUCCCCUAGGAGCAGCAGCAAUAAUAACGCUGAAUGGUAUUGGAUAUUAUAUAUUCAGGAAAUCCAAUUCACAGAAGAAUCAGUUUAGAAGAAAUCCUGCACAUCCAAGUGUUGCGAGGCUGGAGACCAUCGCCACAGCAACAGGGAAGCGUUUGCUGGUGUCUGGCUGGUGGGGGCUUGUUCGCCAUCCUAAUUACUUGGGUGAUCUCCUCAUGGCUUUGGCAUGGUCUCUGCCAUGUGGUUUCUCACAUCUUCUGCCUUACUUCUACGUGAUAUAUUUCACCGUCUUGCUGAUCCACCGCGAGGCCCGUGACGAGAGACAUUGUCGAGCCAAAUAUGGACUUGCAUGGGAGACAUACUGUCAACAUGUCCCCUACAGGAUCCUCCCUUAUAUUUAUUAAAAGCCUUGCAGUUGUAGCCAGUUUCCAUGGCAACGUGUCUGUGAGAGUGCAGUGACGUGGGAAGAGAGGGGAAAGGAGUUGAGACAAUUAUGGCGGCACGGAGGAAGAAGAAAAAGGAAGAGCCCAGACUGAUGAGUGUGAAGCAGUGCGAGUCGUGGGAGAAAAAAUGCAUUGUGUGUUUGUGUAUCCGGUGCUGAGCCUACGUUGGUACAUUAUACAUAAAACAUGUUUCUCAUUGCAAAGUGCAUGCCUGUGCAAGCACAGAUGUUGAUUCCUCUGAACAUGUAUGUAAUGUGCAAAGAAAUGCUGCAAGGCAAUUGACAUUGUAUAUAAACAAGAUUUUUUUCCCUUUUGA